GUGGGCCUGCGCAUUAGAAGCUAAUGUUGGCGUUUCCUGUAAGUGCAAUACAGCCACCGUAAAGAAGCGUUUUACACCUCAAUAAAAUCAUACUGCUUUUACAUCGAAGUUGAGCCUGUGGCUAAGGUAGUUUAUUUUGACAUAAUAUGAAAGACACCGGAUACUCUUAGAGAAUCAGUAUUGGUUUCGAAUGACAGUUGGAUUUGAUGUCUCGUUUCGCUAUUUCUAAUCCAUAGCUGAUAAGGAUGAUGUGGGAUGCGGCUAGCUACCAAACCCACAGAGUUAGCUAGGUAAAUAAUAUUCCAAGAGAAGACCGUUUUCAUCCCUUCAACGCCAAGUGGUAACGUUAUUUGUUUUUGACGAGAUUGUGUUUUAGUCGUAAGCAGAUGGCUCUCUAACAUGACACGCGCCACAGUUUCCCCACUUUUCAACUGGACCCAAGAGAGGGACUUUUCCGCAAUGGUGUUCAAGUAACGUUAGCGGGACUCAGCUUGAGGCACAUUGUUUGAGUUCGUCAUGAAGGUGCUGGGCUCGCGCUUUGCCUUCCUCAUAGGAUUCCUGGUGGGGACCUGUACGCUCUAUGUCUUCCUACGUCAGGUGUGGUUCGAGAGGACCUUCUCAACACGUUCUCAGCCCGAUGGCCUGGAGAAGACAGCGGCUCAGUUACGUGAGCUGGAGGAGGACAGCAAGAAUUGGAAGAAGGAGAGGUCGGCUCUCUUCAACCUCAACCACCCCCACCACAAAGGUGAGGACAGCCACAUGGCAGACGAGCUGUACAAGAAGGUGCGCAUCCUUUGCUGGGUGAUGACAGGGCCCAACAACCUGCAGAAGAAGGCCCGCCACGUAAAGAACACCUGGAGCCGCCACUGUAACGUGGUGGUGUUCAUGAGCUCUGUGGACGACCCUGACUUCCCCACUGUGGGGCUGGGCACCAAGGAAGGCCGCGACCAGCUCUACUGGAAGACCAUCCGGGCCUUCCACUACGCCCUGGAGAACCAUGGAGACGAGGCCGACUGGUUCCUUAAGGCUGACGACGACACCUAUGUUGUCGUGGACAACCUGCGCUGGGUGCUGGCCAACCACACGCCAGAGGAGCCCAUCUACUUUGGACGCAGGUUUAAGCCCUACACCAAGCAGGGCUACAUGAGUGGCGGGGCAGGCUACGUGCUGAGCAAAGAGGCCCUUAAGAGGUUCGUGAAUGGCUUUAAGACCAAGGUGUGCACCCACACCACCCACGUGGAGGACCUGGCCAUGGGCCAGUGCAUGGAGAAGGUGGGGGUGGUGGCCGGGGACGCAAGAGACACCGUCCUCAGGGAGACAUUCCACCCCUUUGUCCCUGAGCAGCAUCUCACCGCCAAGUUCCCCAAGAGCUUCUGGUACUGGAGCUACUGCUACUACCCCAUCUCAGAGGGGCCAAAUUGCUGCUCGGACCUGUCUGUGUCUUUCCACUAUGUGGACGCGUCUCUCAUGUACCUGUUGGAGUACUACGCCUACCACCUGCGUGCCUUUGGCUACAGGUACCGCUACCAGCCCCCAGCCCCCCUGGGCUACAAGAAUGAGGCGUGGGACAGGUCAGAGGGUGGACACUCGUACUCCAAAGAGCAGCCGGCCAUCCAGAGGGGGCCACUGGCGAGGGUGGAGAGUCCAUCCAGGACAGACAGGAAACAGGAAGUGAUGCCUCCCGCUGCAGCAGAGAAGGACCCGCCUGCUGCUGCACAGGAUGACAAGCAGUAGUAGCCUUGUGUAUCUGAGAGUGAGGUGUGUUAAUGGUUGCUUUUGAGUGUGCAUAUGCAUCUGUAUGGAUGCACUUGCACACAUUUUUACAGAAGUGAAAAGACUCAACUGUGGUGCCUCCCAAAGAAGUGUGCUGUUGUGAAGGAUUGUGUCAGUGUUGAAGAAUGUGUGACUGGCUGUUGGUUGGGUUGUUACUGGCAACAACCAUCCCCUUUUUUUCCUUCUUUUUGUCCUUGUGUUUACCACACAGCCUCCAUGUUGAAAUGUCAACAGCCCUUCAAUUUUUUAAGAUAUUUAACAUGAUUGUUGUUUCAAAUACCUGUUUUAAUCCAUGUUUUAAUUCCCUCAGUUCUUGGACCACUCAUAAGGAAUCAUCAAAUAAUUAAAGGAUGACUUGGUGAGUGGUCCUGGGCCAAUGUUCCUAUAGGAGAUUCCUACUGGACUGGUUCAUCUUGCUACUCCCCACUGUAACCAGUUUGACCAGUCCUCACAGCCCUCGCUUUAACAUUGAGCUGACUAGAUUAUCAGAAAGGAUUUAGGAUCAGCUUCCCCUACCCUAAUCAACCUACGCUACUAGGAGUUGAAAACCAAACUUGGUCUUAGAUUUGUUUUUAUUUAUACCUGUAUAAAAUAUUGUCUGUAUAAGAAGACCAGGUCUUUCAGACAUACUGUUGAAGAGUGGUAACGAGAGAGAGGGUCACUUUAAACCUGGGAGACUCUCUCUCAAUCAGCCCCAGUAGCUUGUGCCUUGUGAUGCAUGAUUGUGUGCAACGUUAGUUGCACAUUUUGAAACUGCACUGUGACUAAAAACAAGACGGACAUGUCGCUUGAACCUACCUGUGCAUGUUCAGUUAGCCGAUCUCUAGAGAACAGUUUUUGCACCCUGUUUGAUUGGAUAAUAUUGUGUUUAUUUGUUUGAUUCAAGUUCUAUUUAAAUCUGUUAUGGAUAGGAUGAUUCAAGAGUUUUUAGGGGAGUUUUCUGGGAAUUGACUGGGUGGAGAUGUUUGGUGUGUGUGAUGUCAUUAGCUGAUGUCGCUGACUGAAUUUGGUUUAAUUUUUAUGAGUCUUCAUUGUAUUAUGAUACCAUAUUCUUAUUCUUUAUGUUUUUACAGUAUAUUAUACUUUUUGAGCAAAGUGACUUAUUGAUCACCUCAAACCAAACUCACAGGGUGUCUUGUCUUUUCAUCUUCAGUUCAAAUGGGACUUACAGUGCCUUGCGAAAGUAUUCGGCCCCCUUGAACUUUGCAACCUUUUGACACAUUUCAGGAUUCAAACAAAGAUAUAAAACUAUUUUUUUGUGAAGAGUCAACCACAAGUGGGACACAAUCAUGAAGUGGAACGACAUUUAUUGGAUAUUUCAAACUUUUUUAACAAAUCAAAAACUGAAAUUGGGCGUGCAAAAUUAUUCAGCCCCCUUAAGUUAAUACUUUGUAGCGCCACCUUUUGCUGCGAUUACAGCUGUAAGUCGCAUGUCUCUAUCAGUUUUGCACAUCGAGAGACUGAUUUUUUCCCCCCAUUCCUCCUUGCAAAACAGCUCGAGCUCAGUGAUGUUGGAUGGAGAGCAUUUGUGAAAAGCAGUUCAGUUCUUUCCACAGAUUCUCGAUUGGAUUCAGGUCUGGACUUUGACUUGGCCAUUCUAACACCUGGAUAUGUUUAUUUUUGAACCAUUCCAUUGUAGAUUUUGCUUUGUUUUGGAUCAUUGUCUUGUUUGAAGACAAAUCUCUGUCCCAGUCUCAGGUCUUUUGCAGACUCCAUCAGGUUUUCUUCCAGAAUGGUCCUGUAUUUGGCUCCAUCUUCCCAUCAAUUUUAACCAUCUUCCCUGUCCCUGCUGAAGAAAAGCAGGCCCAAACCAUGAUGCUGCCACCACCAUGUUUGACAGUGGGGAUGGUGUGUUCAGGGUGAUGAGCUGUGUUGCUUUUAUGCCAAACAUAACGUUUUGCAUUGUUGCCAAAAAGUUCCAUUUUGGUUUCAUCUGACCAGAGCACCUUCUUCCACAUGUUUGUGUCUCCCAGGUGGCUUGUGGCAAACUUUAAAACGACACUUUUUAUGGAUAUCUUUAAGAAAUGGCUUUCUUCUUGCCACUCUUCCAUAAAGGCCAGAUUUGUGCAAUAUACGACUGAUUGUUGUCCUAUGGACAGAGGCUCCCACCUCAGCUGUAGAUCUCUGCAGUUCAUCCAGAGUGAUCAUGGGCCUCUUGGCUGCAUCUCUGAUCAGUCUUCUCCUUGUAUGAGCUGAAAGGUUAGAGGGACGGCCAGGUCUUGGUAGAUUUGCAGUUGUCUGAUACUCCUUCCAUUUCAAUAUUAUCGCUUGCACAGUGCUCCUUGGGAUGUUUAAAGCUUGGGAAAUCUUUUUGUAUCCAAAUCUGGCUUUAAACUUCUUCACAACAGUAUCUCGGACCUGCCUGGUGUGUUCCUUGUUCUUCAUGAUGCUCUCUGCGCUUUUAACGGACCUCUGACAUUAUCACAGUGCAGGUGCAUUUAUACGGAGACUUGAUUACACACAGGUGGAUUGUAUUUAUCAUCAUUAGUCAUUUAGGUCAACAUUGGAUCAUUCAGAGAUCCUCACUGAAAUUCUGGAGAGAGUUUGCUGCACUGAAAGGGCCAAUUUUUCAUUUGUUAAAAAAGUUUGAAAUAUCCAAUAAAUGUUUUUCCACUUCA